AGAAAUUGUCUACUAUCCAGAAACUACUGCACACCUUAACAGCCUCUUAUCACCAUAUCAAUUCCCCAAUAGAUAAAGAUAGAUCCUUUAAGCUUUGUUUCUGCAGAAAAAGCUUAAACCAGACCAACAAUGGCGACCUGUACUACGCCCUCUUCCCUAAUGCUAACGUACGCCGCUUCCAACGUACACCCACAAGACCUCACUGCCUCUAUCCUCUCAUUCAAGCCCAAAACUUUUUCUCUCUCUCGAUUGGCUCUGGGUUCUUAUGGUGAGAGAAAAUCAAGCAAGGGCAUCAGUUUGUAUACCCAAAAAGAGGCAAAAUUUGGAACUUGCAGUGUAGUUGUAGCUGCUUCUUUGGCUGCUGAGGCAGAGGUGGCUGAGGAAGUGGAGGAGAAAGAAGAAGGUGAUGUGCCCACUGCUACAGCUGCUCCACCGAAGCCUAAGAAAGGGAAGGCUGCAUUGCCCUUGAAGAGAGACAGGACGAGAUCUAAGAGAUUCUUGGAAAUUCAAAAAUUGAGGGAAAACAAACAAGAAUAUGACAUAAAGACUGCAAUCGCAUUGCUGAAGCAAAUGGCAAACUCCAAGUUCGUUGAAACAGCUGAAGCUCAUUUCCGUCUUAACAUUGAUCCCAAGUAUAAUGACCAACAGCUGAGAGCAACUGUAAAUCUGCCCAAGGGAACUGGACAAACUGUUAAAGUGGCUGUGCUUACACAAGGUGAAAGGUUCGACGAAGCCAAAAAUGCUGGAGCAGAUUUGGUUGGCGGAGAGGACCUGAUCCAACAGAUAAAAGGAGGAUUCAUGGACUUUGACAAAUUAAUUGCAUCCCCAGACAUGAUGCCUAAGGUUGCCAGCUUGGGUAAGAUUUUGGGACCUCGGGGACUCAUGCCAAAUCCAAAAGCCGGCACUGUUUCGACUAAUAUACCUCAGGCGAUAGCGGAGUUCAAGAAGGGAAAAGUUGAAUAUAGGGCAGAUAAAACUGGAAUCGUUCACAUACCUUUUGGAAAGGCCGACUUCUCAGAAGAAGACCUCUUAGAGAACUUGCUUGCUGCAAUCAGAUCAGUAGAAUCAAACAAGCCAUCAGGCGCAAAAGGAGUGUAUUGGAAAAGUGCCCAUAUAUGCUCAUCAAUGGGGCCUUCGAUUCGGUUAAAUAUAAAGGAGAUGCUUGAUUACAAGCUUCCAUUGAAUGUUUGAAUAUAGUUAACACCUGUAAAUGAUGUCUUAGAGCGACUCAAACUCGGCCGUUAUUCAGUUAAAAUGGUAGGAUGAAUUGAGGGGACCACAGUUGUUUAUUUUGGAUGAAAGUUGACAUGCCUUCAUCAUCCUCUACAGGGACUCAGAAACAUGUUGGGUGAAUAAUUUUGUCAAUUCUAGCUGCUCAUUUACUAAGAAUUCCGAAUUGGAUUGGCAAAUUCUUCUUGUUCUUUGUUUGUACUGCUCAAAUUUAGUAAUUUACUACAAUCAGGUUUCCGAACAGCAAUUUGAUUUCCCCAUUGCUUGGGGAGACAACCAUCCUUAUUUAAUGUUUCACAUGUGUUUUGCUC